AUGCCCCGUUCUUUUCGCACAGGUAAAUUGGUAUACGACCCUGAAGUUGAGAAGGCAGCGCGUAGGCGGAGGCAAGAAACCAAUAGACGUAAAGAAGGGCAAUUAUUUAGUGCAAACGAGUCAGUGGAAGACGAAGUAAGCAUGGCCAACACCCAAACAUUAAGGGAGCUGGCUGCCCCGGAGCUGACUCACCAGCCCUUAUGCAUCACAUUCCUCUCUUUGGCGGAGAAUAUUGCUUUCGAACUAAAGUCGGGGUUGAUUCACCUCUUACCCUCUUUCCAUGGGCUAUCUGGCGAAGAACCCCACAAGCACAUUAAGGAGUUCGAGGUGUUUGCUUUAGUACAGUUGAAAAAGAAGUUUUUGAAAAAAUUCUUCCCUGCAUCCCGGGCUGCGAGUUUGAGGAAGGAAAUCUGCAGCAUUAAACAGUAUCUCGGGAAGUUCUUGUAUGAAUAUUGGGAAAGGUUUAACAAGUUGUGCACUAGAUGCCCGCAGCAUAAAAUUAGUGAACAACUGUUAAUCCAAUACUUCUAUGAAGGACUCCAAUCAACUGAUAGGAGUAUCAUUGACGCUGCGAGUGGGGGAGCACUGGCAAACAAGACACCAAGGGAAGCGUGGGAGCUUAUCGAAGCCAUGGUAGAGAAUUCUCAACAGUUUGGCUUCCGUGAGAGUAACCCUACUCGCAUGGUUAAUGAGGUGGAGUCAACAUCUAUUCAGCAACAGUUGUCGGAGCUCACAUCCGUUGUUCGACAAUUGGCUUUGGGAAAUGUGCCCCAAGUAAAGGCCUGUGGAAUCUGCACAAAUAUGGGCCACCAUACUGACUCAUGCCCUAUGUUGAAAGAGGAUGGGGCUGAACAAGUGAACAUGGCCGGAGGCGUGCCCGCGCCUCGUAGACCGUAUGACCCAUACUCCAACACAUACAACCCGGGUUGGAGAGAUCACCCCAAUUUCAACUAUGGUAAUAGGCCACAAAAUGCAUUCUCAAGUCGUCCACCAAGAUUUCAGCAAUCUUGGCAACAGAAGUCCCAACCCUCGGCCUCAAACUCAAGAAGUUCUUUGGAGGAGAUUGUCAAGAGUUUGGCCACAACUACCACUCAGCUCCAGCAGGAGACUAGGACCUUAGUCACGACCACUGCUUAA